GCCGGCAGAUAGACGAACCAGAGUUCGCUUAUUACUUAUUAAAGACCAGAGGCCAUUCGACAUGAUCUUGCCACGCCUUCUCGUCGACCCCUUCAAUCCGUGGAACUUGUACUGACGAGAUGAAGGUUCUUUUGCUCUCGCUCUUUGCGAGUCCUCUCUUAGCGCAGGGACCGAUCCAAAGAAGCAACUUAAAGCAAGUCACGAAAGCGCAAAAGGUUGCAUACAAUGCCGAUCUCUUCCAGGGAACAGAUCUGAAGCAGAAAGACUCAGCCCUUAAUAAUUCGGAUCUGUGGUACACCGAGCGAAAUGGCAAGAAGUACUUCCAACCUUUGGGAGCACAGAGAGCUGGCGAGAAGGGACCGCUACUCCUUCAAGAUGUACAUCUUGUAGACACACUCGCCACCUUCAAUCGGGAACGGAUACCAGAGCGCAUCGUACACGCACGAGGUGCCGGUGCUCAUGGCUUUUUCGAGGCAACCACGGACUUCGCCGAGAAGCUUUCAGCUGCAGAUGUGUUUAAGAAAGGCACACGAACGUCAAUCACGAUGCGGUUCUCCACCGUAGGUGGUGCUCGUGGAUCUGCGGAUGAGGCGAGAGAUCCGCGCGGCUUCGCUAUAAAAUUCCGAACAAAACAGGGCAUAUUAGAUUGGGUAUUCAAUAACACGCCAGUCUUCUUCAUCAGGGAUCCGGCGAAGUUCCCAAGGUUCAUACACACUCAGAAGACCGACCCGGCAACGAACGUGCGGGAUUGGAACACUUUCUGGUCAUGGCCUGCGCAAUUUCCAGAGGCUCUGCUGCAGUUUCUGAGACUAUUUUCGGACCUUGGAACACCAUAUGGAUUCAGGCAUAUGGAUGGGUGGUCUGGCCAUACGUACCGACUUGUCAAAGAUGAUGGCUCGUGGGUCUAUUGCCGAGUCUACGUCUCCACUGAUCAAGGUGUGAAGAAUUUCACAGCUGCAGAGGCUGCAAAGGUCGCCGGAGACAAUGAUGCUUGGGCCACGAAGGAUCUUUACGAUGCCAUUGAAUCUGGCGACUACCCAUCUUGGACUGUCGGCAUCGCAACUAAGACACCGAAGGAGGCAGAAGAGUAUCGUUACGACAUCCUCGACUUGACCAAGGACUGGCCUGAUGCGGAAUAUCACGAGGUUGGGCGUCUCACUCUUACGCAGAACCCGGAGAACUACUUCAAUGAGAUCGAGCAGUCUCACUUCUCGCCAGCAAACCUGGUUCCAGGCUGGGAACCAUCGAACGAUCCUGUCUUGCAAUCUCGACUUUUUGCUUACAAUGACGCCGGCCGCUACCGCAUUGGUGUGAAUGCUGAGGACCUUCCUGUCAAUUGUCCAUUCUCAUCCGUGGCAAACUUCGACCGCGAUGGUCAUCUCGCUGGCACGAGUGGUGGCCAAGGCGGCCGCAAGAACUUCCCAGCACAGUACAUUGACAUGAUCAACAUCAUCGAUCGACCCGGAACAGAAAUCGACGAUGAAAUUCCUGGUACUCACACAGUGCACUGGCUGAGUAAAAUCGACGAGAAUAUUGAUUACGAGCAGCCAAAGAUGUUUUACGAAGGGUUCAGUCAGACGGACAAAGACCAUUUGUACAGCAACAUCGCCGGAACUCUGGUUAAUGUCAAUAACCAGGAAGUGUUGACGAAGCUCUUUGAACAGUUCCAGAAAGUAUCGCCAGCGCUGCUUGAUGGCGUCAAGAAGGCU